AUGUCUGGGUCUGCGUCCGAGCCGUGCGAGCCCGAGACCGGCGCGGGCAACCUGCCGUCAGUCUCGUCCCAGCUCGCGGCCCGCGAGCGAAUCUCCAACCAACUGCUCUUCCUCUCGCGGUCGUUCAGCGUGCUCGGCAAGGAAGCGAAGCGGGCGGCCAAGGUGAAGGAAGCGUGUCGCGACGCGCUCGAGUCGAUUGAGGAGCAGGAGGCACGGAUCGAGCGCGACGGCAUCGUUGCCUUUCUAACCGGCGUCGUGCCCGGCUUUGACGCCGCCGACCCUGAUGACUGGGAGCCUGCCCUUGGCGAGCUCCACUUUCUUCCGUUCAAGCUCGCCUGCGAGUCUGGCAACGCGCGGCUGAUGGUCACCGCCCUCGACUGCAUUCAGAAGCUCAUUGCCUACUCGUGGCUCAAGGGCACGACGCCGUUGGGCACCGGCGACGCCGCUGCACCGCGCAUGCUCGCCGACGUCGUCAUGGAUACUCUCUGUGACUGCUACGAGUAUGCAGAUGAAAAGGCCGAGCUUCAGAUCAUCAAGGCUGUCCUGACUGCGGUGCAGUCGUCGACGUUUGAGGCCCACGGCCCGUCGCUGCUCAAGGGCAUUCGCACCGUGUACAACAUCUACCUUGUCUCGCGGAACAAGAUGAACCAGACGACCGCGCGUGCCGCGCUGCGCCAGAUGACUUCCAAGGUCUUUGCCCGCCUCGACGGCGGGGGCGGAGCAAGCGGCGACGUGUCCGAGAGCGACGCCGGCGCCCCGUCGUCGCGGCGGUCGAGCGUCGUCUCGGACGCCGAUGGCGUGUCGCCGGCGGCGCGCAACGCCGCCGCUGUCACCCCUAUUGCCCCGCCCGGCAAGUACGGCUACUGCACCGUGUGCGGCGCGCCGGCCAACCACUUUUCGCAGCAGACCACUCAGCCGCUGUGCUCGGUGGCGUGCCGCGAUACCCAUGUGGCGGCGGUGGAGGCCGCGGCGCUGGCGCCUGCGCGGCCGGCCCCGGUCCGUCCGCGGUCGUCGUCGGCCUCGUCGCUCGAGUCUGGCGGCUCGGCCGCGCCGCCAGGAAACGCGCAGACCACCAUCCUCCCGCCUUUUACCCGGGCGCCUGAGACCCUCGCCGAGGCUGCCGCCGGAGUCCGGAUCUCGUCGGUGGUGCAAAAGGACGCCUUUCUUGUCUUUCGCGCCCUCUGCAAGCUGUCGGUCAAAGACGGCGUCGACAGCGGCUCCGGCUCGGGCUCGGGUGCCGACUCGAUUGCCAUGCGGUCCAAGAUUCUCUCGCUCGAGCUGCUGCUGUAUAUUGUCCACAAGUGGGGUCCUGUCUUCCGGACCAAGGACAAGUUUGUGAGCGCUGUGCGGCAGUACCUGUGCGGAGCGACGCUGCUCAAGAAUGGCGUCUCGCCGGUGCCGGCCGUGUUUGGCCUCUCGCUCUCGCUCUUUAUUGUCCUCCUCACACACUUUAAGGACGUGCUCAAGGUCGAGAUCGGGGUCUUCUUCACCAACCUCUUCCUCCGUGUCCUCGAAUCACCGAACACCUCGCUCGAGCAGCAGUGGAUGGUGCUCAAGAGCUUGUCGAGCCUCUGUACCCAGCCGCAGACGCUUGUUGACCUCUUUCUCAAUUAUGACUGCGACAUCAACGGCAAGAACAUCUUCCAGGCCAUUGUUGACGACCUCUCGCGCAUUGCACAGGGCCAUCUCUCGUCUGGUGCCCUCUCCUCGGUGAGCGACCAGCAAAAGGCCGCCAUGGAGCUGCUGGCGCUCGAGUGUCUUGUCUCCAUCCUCGACUCGAUGGUGGCCUGGACCGACGAGGUCGACGACGGCCGCGCCGGCCUCGCGGCUGCUGCCGGCUCCGAGACCGGCGGCGACGAGUCGGAGCCCGACGACGAGUCGGCCAGUAGUGCGCCCGCCCGGCCCGGCCCGGCGUUUGCGCCUGGUACGCCUUGUCCAGCCAGCGGUGCUGCCGCUUCGGAGACGACACCGGCUUCGCCGGCCAUGUUUGAGCAGGCCAAGCAGGCCAAGCAGGUGCUCGAGGCCGGCAUCGCCAAGUUUAAUCUCAAGCCGAAAAAGGGCAUCGCCUACCUCAUCGACGCCGGCGCAGUCGAGAAGAGCCCCGAGGCCGUGGCCGCGCUCCUCAAGUCGACGCCGGGCUUCCGGCUUGACCAGAUCGGGGCAUACCUCGGCGAGGCCGACGAGUUCAACGUGGCCGUCAUGCACGCCUGGGUCGACAGCCUCUCGUUUGAGGGCAAGACCUUUGUCGACGCGCUCCGGCAGUUCCUCUCGGGCUUCCGCCUGCCGGGCGAGGCUCAGAAGAUUGACCGGAUGAUGAUCAAGUUCGCGGAGCGGUUCACGGUGACAAACGAAGGUGAGUUUGCCAACGCAGACACCGUCUACGUCCUCGCCUUUGCUACCAUCAUGCUCAACACCGACCUGCACUCGGAGCAGAUCAAGACCAAGAUGACGCUCGACGAGUUUGUCUCUAACAACCGCGGCAUCGACGACGGCGAGUCGCUCCCGCGCAAGAUGCUCGAGGACAUCUACAACGACAUCCUGCACAACGAGAUCAAGCUCCAGGACGAGCAGAUUGCCGCCGACGCGUCGCGCAAGUCGUCGUCGGCCAAGGAGCGCCACGCCCGCUUCCAGCGCGAGACCGAGUUUAUGAUCCGCAAGUCGCAAACGCUCUUUUCCAAGGCUGGACCGCCUACCCCGUUCCACACGGCGAACCACAUCGACCAUGUCCGUCUCAUGUUCCAGAACACAUGGCACGCCCUGCUGGCGGUCCUCUCAGUUCUUCUCGAGACGACUACCGUGGCCCAGGUUGUGGCCCAUGCGCUCCGCGGCUUUGAGCUCGCCAUCCGCAUUGCCUCGCUCUUCUACCUCUCAACCGAACGCAACGCGUUUGUCACCUCACUGGCCAAGUUUACCUACCUUGACGCCUCCAAGGCCAUGUCGUCCAAGAACGUCGAUGCCAUCCGCAUGCUCAUCCACAUUGCCAACACUCAGGGCAACUACCUGAUGGAGUCGUGGUCCGACGUCCUGCGCUCAAUCUCGCAGCUCGACCACCUGCAGAUCCUCUCGCUCGGCAUCCAGCCGGCCAACGUGCUGCCUGCGCUGUCGCAGGAGCCUGGCUCAGGAGCACCGCAGGCAGGAGCCGCGAGCUCACCAGCUCGCCCGCCGUCGCAGAGCUCGACCCGGUCGACGCCGCGCAAGGGCAAAGCCAAGUCGCGGGGCAAGACCAAGGCCAAGGCCAAAGCCAAGGCCAAGGCUAAGGCCAAGGUCAAGUCGCGGGGCAAGUCGCGGAGCAAGUCGCGCGGGACUGAAGACCGCCACGACGGGGGCUCGGGCUCAGGCUCGGAUGGUGCAGUCGGCGCUGCCGACGCUGCCGGCGCAAGCCCUGCCGACGGCACGAGCAACGAGUCAUCGAUGUCGCUCUCGUCGCUGUUUGGCCGGCGAAACAAGUCGAGCAACGGGCUGUCGGAGCUUGCGCGCGGGCUGAUCGAGCCGCCGGCGCCGACGGGGGCAGGCGCAACGCGUGGCGGCGGAGCCGGGAGCAGCGUGCUUCGGGUGCCGGACCGUGGACGGAUUGAGGAGCUCAACUCGAGCGCGAUUGCAGGCGCGGUGGACACGGCAGCGGUGGACCGGGUGUUCUCGGACUCGGUAGAGCUGGACAACUCUGCAAUUGUGGAGUUUGUGCGUCAGCUGUGUGCUGUGGCAAAGGACGAGCUGGAGGCGCCGGACGGCGUGCGGCUGUUCCUGCUGCAGAAGACGGUCGACGUGGCGUACUUUAACAUGGGCCGGAUCCGGCUGGUGUGGGGUCGGAUCUGGGCCAUCCUGGCCGCUUUUCUUUCAGACGUCGGGUGCCACGCGAACCCGUCUGUGGCGCACAUUGCCAUCGACACCAUCCGGCAGCUCAACAUGCAAGCGCUGCAGAAGGAGGAGCUGGCCAACUACAACAUCCAGAAAGAGUUUCUGCGCCCGUUUGAGCAGAUCAUGGCGUCGUCGUCGUCGCCUGCCAUCCGCGAGAUGGUCGUGGCGUGCCUGCGGCAGAUUGUGCUGACCCGGACCGCCAUGAUCAAGUCGGGCUGGAAGGGCAUUUUCGGCGUCCUCUCCAUGGCGGCGUCCGACGAGGAGGAGGCGACGGUGGUGAGCGCGUUCGACCUUGUGGAGACCAUCAUUUCUGGCCACUUUGUGCAGGUUGCCGCCUUUUUCACCGACUCGAUCAACUGCCUCAUGGACUUUGGCCGGCAAGUGCUGUACCCGCAGGUUGCGCUCAAGGCCAUCGACUUUGUGCACUUUUGGUCACGCGAGCUGGCCGAGGGGCGCGUGGUGGCCGCCGCCGCCGAAUGCGGCAGCGACGGCGGCGGGUCAGAGGAGAGCGGCGGACGGUCGCCGCGACGGGCGUCUGCGGAUGAGCUUGCCAUGAAGUACUGGUGGCCGCUGCUCAUGGGCCUCUCGUCGCUGGUCUCGGCCCAGCACCUGGCGGUGCGGACCAAGGCGCUGCAGGUCCUGUUUGACGUCCUCAAGGCGUACGGGGUGCAGUUCUCGAGCGAGGUGUGGGAGCUCAUUUUCCGCGGCGUCCUCUUCCCCAUGUUUGACGACGUGACCCACUGCGACGAGCCGUCGCUCAACACCGAGUGGCUCAAGACGACGUGCCUCAACGCUCUGCGGUCACUUGUCGAGCUCUACUCGCACUACGCCUCGGGCCUCUUCUCGCUCCUCCCCGAGCUUCUUGUCCUCCUUGCCAACUGCAUCCUGCAGCCGAACGAGUCGCUUGCCCGCAUCGGCGCGACCUGCCUCUCGGGCCUUGUCGAAGACAACGUCGACGCCUUUGACCCGCCGCGGUGGGCGUUGGUCGUCGACCGGGUCGAGGCUCUGUUCGAUGCGUCGCUCCCGCGUGAGCUUCUGGAAGCCGGGCGGGCGUCCGCUGCCGACACCACUGACCCGCCGCCGCUCUUUGACCCGCCGCGCGUCAUCAACAAGUGCGUUGUCCAGCUGCUGAUGAUCAACGUCGCAGCCUCGAUGGGCACCCUGCUCGUGGGCAAGCUGGGCGUCGAGACCGAACUCCGCAUCGUGGCAUGCCUCACCCAGUCGCACACCUUUGCGAGCACCUUCAACGCCGACAUGGCCGCACGCCAGGGCCUCGUCGACGCCGGCUACCUCGACCAGCUUCCAAACCUGCACAAGCAGGCCACGAGCGGCAUGAACGGCGCUCUCCACAUCCUGCUCGCCAUGCUCGACGCCGGUGAGCGCUCGGUCGUCCCGCAACUGUUCGAGCUCGUCACCGCCAUCGUCACCGCCUACGCCUCGAUCCGCGAUGUCCACGGCGCCGACGUUGAGCUCUCGUGGACACCACUGGCGGUCACUGCCCUCCGUGGCACCGCCGCCCUCGAGCCGGCCGCCUUUAGGCGCCUCGCCUCUUCACUCUACCCGUCCCUCACCGCGCUGGCCCUUGCCGAGCGGCGCGAGGUCCGCGAGGCGCUCAAGCGGGUCCUCGAUCGUGUCGGCUCGGUCUUUGUCUUUGCCGAGUGAACAGGACAGAGAUGAGGGGUGUGUGUCUGUUUGUUGUGGCGUCC